AGAAUUGGUUCACACUUAAAGAAAAUAUAUACAAAAAAAGAUAAAAUAAUUACAGUAAAAAAAUAUAAAAAUGUUGCGUUCAAUUGGUCGUCGUACUGUGAUUUUAGUGCAUCAGCAAACGUGGUCACUUUUACGAAAUGCGAAUCUGGUGAAAGUUCUUGAAAAAGACUUGGUUUGCUGCCAAUUAGAGCGGUGCUGCCGUUGCUGCUCGUCCGCAGCUAUUGUCAAGAAUUCACAAUCGCAAAUUGUUUCAAGUACAGAUACGCACAGUAAAAACAAAAUAUAUAAAACAAAAACAGAAACCAAAACCAACAAUAAUGAGACUGAUGGCGCAGCUGGUUAUAGUCUAGCACAGCAUUUGGAGAAGAUUGAUGAGGAAUUGGCUCGAUUGUUGGCAUUGAAAGCAAGACUCGGCGAUGAGUCAGCUCCACCUCAAAAAUUUACACUUAAAACCCCAAAAGGCACAAGGGAUUAUGCGCCACAGCAAAUGACACUAAGGCAAGGAGUGCUGGACAAAAUUAUUGGUGUCUUUAAGAAGCAUGGAGGAGAGGCUAUUGAUACUCCCGUUUUCGAACUAAAGGAAGUCCUUACUGGCAAAUAUGGUGAAGAUUCAAAACUCAUUUAUGAUCUUAAAGAUCAAGGUGGCGAAAUAUUAUCACUGCGAUAUGAUUUGACAGUUCCUUUAGCUCGUUACCUAGCCAUGAGCAAGAUAGCAAGUAUUAAACGGUAUCACAUCGCUAAAGUAUAUAGGCGGGACAAUCCUUCCAUUACUCGCGGACGUUACAGGGAAUUUUAUCAAUGUGAUUUUGAUAUAGCUGGAACUUAUGAUCUGAUGUUACCAGAUGCUGAAUGCGUCAAAAUUGUUGCAGAGGUGCUAGAUACCUUAGAAAUUGGAGACUAUGUUAUCAAACUAAAUCAUCGCCAAUUACUGGAUGGUAUGUUUGAGGCUUGCGGUGUGCCUGCCGAUAAAUUUCGUGCUAUUUGCUCGUCGGUUGACAAACUCGAUAAAUCUCCUUGGGCUGAGGUACGUGCAGAAAUGAUAGAUGAGAAGGGCUUAGAUGCAGCAGCAGCUGAUGAAAUUGGUAAAUAUGUGCAACUAAGCGGUGGAAUAGGUUUAGUUGAUCAGUUAUUAGUUGAUGAGAAACUGAAGAAAGUGCAAGCAGCAGUUAAAGGUUUGGAGGGAAUGCAGCUACUGUUGAAGUAUUGUAAAGCAAUGGGAUUGGAAAAAUCUAUAAGCUUUGAUUUAAGUUUAGCACGUGGACUUGAUUAUUACACUGGCGUGAUUUAUGAAUGUGUACUAAAAGCUGAGCCCAAGUUGUUACAAAAUGGUGAAGCAGAAGAGCAAGGAACUGUUGGUUCCAUCGCUGGUGGUGGACGGUAUGAUAAUCUUGUUGGCAUGUUCGAUCCGAAAGGAAAGCAAGUACCUUGUGUUGGCGUUUCAAUCGGAGUUGAGCGUAUAUUUUCUGUUCUCGAGGCCAAAUAUGCUGCUGCAGGAGUGAAGGUGCGCACUAAUGACGUGGAAGUAUAUGUCGCUUCAGCACAUAAAGGAUUGCACGAAAAACGACUCAGCAUUUUGAAUAGCUUAUGGGAUAACGGUAUUAAAGCUGAGCAUUCAUAUAAAUUAAAUCCAAAGCUUUUAGCACAACUGCAACAUUGUGAAGAAAAUCAAAUUCCUUUGGCUGUUGUGUUUGGCGAUUCCGAGCUGGAGAAGGGCAUUGUAAAACUGCGUGAAGUGACAACACGUAAAGAGGUUGAUGUACCUUUAGCUGAUUUAGCAAACGAAAUCACAAAGCGUUUAAACAACUAAUGCCUGUGGAAUGAAAAUACUGAUUUUACAAACUUGUUUUUAAUUUAUAGCAUUUUCUAUUAAUUGUAAUUAUUUAUUUUUAAUAUGUAGAACCUAUCCAAAACUUAUUUAAUAUUACUUAAUUAAGUUUAUUUUUUGUAACUUAAGUAGCAACUAAAUACCGUGUAAACUCUUAUUAUAAAACCAAAAUAAAAUUUAU